AUGGAUAAUGACAAUGAUUUCACAUUUUGCCAGGUUGGAUUACCUGUUGAUCAAAAUGGACUCGAGGUGAAGAAUCUUGUAUCGGAUAUUGAUUGUAUAAGUAUUAAAGAUGGAUUUUUAAAUAGCACUGUUAGUAAUCAGGGUGUUGCUGGUAUUGCACGGAGAGAUAGUUUGCCUAAUGAUGUUGGUUCCAAGAAUGAGAGAACUGUCGGUUCUUUGUCUUUCAAUGUUAUCGAUGCAUCGGCUCCAGGACAGUCUAGUGGAAUGUCUAGACAAGUGUCAUCUGGAAAUACUGGAACUUCAGCUAAGAAAUCUGAAGGAAAAAAAGUUUCCGUUAGGAAGCCUGUGGCUCGAGCUAAGGUUCCAUUUGAGAAAGGGUAUAGCCAAAUGGAUUGGCUUAAACUUACUCAAACUCAUCCUGAUCUUGCAGGAUUGAAGGGACAGUCAAACAAGAGGCUUAUUUCAAUGGAUGAAGUUAAACAACACCAAACAGAAGGAUCUAUGUGGACUGUUUUAAAAGGUCGUGUGUACAAUCUGUCUCCAUACCUGAAGUUUCAUCCAGGAGGUGUUGAUAUGCUGAUGAAGGCAGUAGGAAAAGACUACAAAUACCAUGCGUGGGUGAAUGCUGAAUUCUUGCUGGAGAAGUGCCUUGUGGGCACUUUGGAUGUAGAAAUAAAAUUUGACAUUGUUGAUAUGAUAAAUAAUAAUGUUAUUACACUUCUUUAUGAAAUUGCCUUUGAUGCUGUUGGGAUGGUGUAA